UUUCAGUAAUGCUAAGAUGUACAAAUAUUCAAGGUUUCUUAUCUUUCUCUAUGACAUAUUGGAUGUUCUUCAUGGUUACGGUGGGAUUCGCUGCAUACGUUGAUAAGUGUAAAUACUGCUCGCUUGUUGUGGAAACAUUCAAAGCGGGUAUGAAAAAAACGGAGAAUCAGCACUUUGCUGGUGGAAAUACUGAUUGGGAGGAGAGAAAGUUAGGAAAGUUUUCCAAAAGUGAAACAAGAUUGGUAGAGGUUAUGGAGCAUUUAUGCAAGACGAAAUAUUUGGAUGAUUCGGAUGAGUUUAGAAAUGUUAAGGAUGUCGAGUUCAAGUGUCAGCAGUUAGUUGAAGAACAUGAAGAAAGCAUUGAAAACUGGUACUUUCACAAACAAUUUUCCAACCCUGAUUUCCUGAAGUGGCUUUGUCACGAAAAGUUGCGAUUAUGUUGCGAUAAAGGGCAUUUUGGCACAGAUUGUAAACCUUGUCCUGGUAUUGACAAAGGCCUACCAGCUUGCUCUGGUCAUGGAUCCUGUCAGGGUGAUGGUUCUCGGGAAGGGAGUGGUAAGUGCAAAUGUGAUAUGGGUUAUGUCGGUUUUAUGUGCAGCAACUGUGAUGCAAAUUAUUAUGCCAUGCGGAAUAGUUCUACUUUCGUUUGCAGUGAGUGUCACAAAUCGUGUAAAGGCGGUUGUUCUGGUAGUGGGCCACGAGAUUGUAAAGAGUGUCACGUUGGCUGGAUCAUGAACGAUAGUAACGAAUGUGAAGACGUCAACGAAUGUUUUGAUGAAGAUCGGUGUACUGGUGAGCAUGUUAAGUGCAACAAUACAGAAGGUUCAUACGAAUGUAUAUGUGAAAAAGGCUUUGUCAAAGGCUCUAACGGUGUUUGCGAAGUUGAUAUUGAAGCUCCACCUGAGAAACUGUGGGUACGACCAGACAGGUUACUUCAUUCGUUUUCGAUUGCAGGCCUUUGUUUGUUAGUUUCAGUGGUUAUUUGGCAACGAUCAUUCAGUCUAUUUGUAUUCGCUGCUGUGUGUGCACUCACAGCUUUGUUCAUUGAAUUUUAUUUUGAUCACAGUUCACUUUCUGAAUUUUCACAUUUCCCGCUUUAAUCUAUUAACUGUUUUGUUUUAUCUCAUUUCAUUCGGAUACUUCUCUAUCUCCUGUUGAUCUUUAUGUAUAAAGUGAAAUGUAAAGCAAAAUGCAGAUUUCAGUAAUCACUGAUUAAAUGGGAUUGUUUCUGAUUUUUAAAUUGCAUGGAUGCGAUGUUAGCACGCAGUUGAACAGAUCUGGCUUUUAGCAAACGAAACGGAGUCUGCUAAAAGCCGCAAAAUACAAAAAGAUCCGAGAUUUAGAGCUGUUCAUGGGGAAUGGUUUUUGUUCUUUAUUUGUUUUUCCCAGAAUUUUCUUGAUAUUUUUUACGAUAUGCCAACAUAUGUUUUUACAGCACCUAAUACGAUUAAUGAGAAAAGGGCCAAAAAUAGGCAGAGCAGUGACACUUUAGACUACUUCGACAUCAAUAUUGCAACGAGAAAUUUUGAGAAAUUGCGAAAGGAUCUAUCAGAUUCAAAAUUCGAAAGUGAAAGAAGUCGCAGGCGAUUUGAUCAGAUUUCUGCGAUAGAUGAAUUAUAAUUCCGAUAUUUUGUUUUGGCAAAGAUUUGUUGACUUGUAUGUCAGGGUAUUUCAUGGAAGUACUGGCAUUUUUAUGUUGUUGAAUCGGUGUUUACAGAAUCGUUUUUUGAACUCAGUCGGAAAUACACAAUACAAUGUUUUUUGCUGUAUUGGGUGAACAAAUGUUAGCAAGACCUUAACUCAUUGAUAAAGUUUAUUGGUGAUUUAUGUUUUAAUUAGGGAGUUUUUCUACCAUUUUUCGUAA